CAACACUGUUCCUUGAUUGUAAUUCUUCACUUGACUUUAUGGUGCCGAAUUCAAGUUUGUUGCCUAAGUCUUUCGUUUGGCCAGCACAUUCUUUUGUCCAACUGGGCUUAGGCAUGCACUUGUGUGCGUUUGAACAUGAGUCUGCGAGCAAGUGUUUGGCCAAAAAUAAACAGCCCAAGGACCUCGACAUGUGUCUAUGGAAACUGUUGCAAUUGUUGUUCAAAUAUAAACAAACGAUAUGCGAGUGCUUUGCUGAGCCGGCUAACGGUAUACUUGUAUGCUCGUAUGGUAUGAUGAUUGGUGAUAAAGUACCAGGCCAUAAGUGUGGAAACCGGUUGUCGGCAGUAGGCUCUUAACAUUCAACGGACACGCAAUCACUUUGGGGAAUAGAAUAAUCUGAAAGAAAAUUAAUUAUCACUGGAAUCAUCAGAAAGGCUAGACGCAAUAAAUCCCAAAAUGCACAAAUGCUAUUGCGGCGUAACGACAUCGGGAAGCGAGCGGCCGCAGCAACAUCUUGCGCUGCAUCCAGAGCGAGAUGACAAUCCACGUGGCGAUCUCAGGUCGGUGACCUCAUCUUCUAGACAAAGCCUGCGACCCACCCAAUUUAUAAAGCGUCCGAGCCUAAAGACCCCGCCCCGAUUUGGCCUAGGACACUCCAGCACCGAGCUGGUCAAUGACUUCAGUCGCCGCAACUCCACAGCCACCACGGUGAGUCACUGCUCCAGCUGCAGCUGCAGCUCCUCCCAGCAACGCCAGCAGAGCAGGGCCAAGGUUUUGCGAUGGGGCUGGGAACGAACAGGCGGUACUGACACCUCAAACACAAAUCACUAUGAGGGGUACACGGACAAUCGGCGUCUUUAUGAGCAGAGCGCAUGCGUCGCCAGUCGCCAGAGGAGCCAAGGUCAGGGUCAGGUUUACAGUGGCAACUCGACGCCAUCACCACGCCCAGUUCAGUGCCCCAACCAGCAAGCCACGGAUGAGCUGCAGCAGCUGCAGGCCCUGCAGCACUUCCGCCUGAUGAACGUCGGCGAAUGCUUCAGUGAUGGCCGCCAGGAUGAGCUGCGUCUGCAGCGGGCCUAUGACAAAAUUAGUUUCGCCAACUCGGACAAGUGGAACAAGGAUCGGGCCAAUGAGUGCAGGCAACAGGAAGUGACGAGGAGCACCGCCACACCCUACGCCUUGAGGCAGAAGUUGCUCCGGCUGAGGCUCCAGGAGGAGGAGCAACGUGGCAGGGGCACCGGAGCCAGAUGUGCUCCUUUGGGAAGGAGUUGCGCCCUGCGAUAUAACUAAAGUGCUUUAUAAACUACAUUAAGUGCAAUAUUGUGUGCAACAGAAAGUAAAGAAAUAAAUUCCUUACACAGCAACUAUAAAGAUAUCUGAAUAAGAAACUAGCAUGCAUUUCACUCAAGUAAAAACACAUCUUGAAUUUCAUAUUUAUUGCUAGUAU